GAGGCGUUCAAUGCAGAGAGUGGAUGGGGUGUGGGAGGAGGAGGGGAGAGGGGAGAGGAGAGGGGAGAGGAUGCUCUAACUCACCCACAUCGCAGCUGACCAUUGCAUGCAAGGAUCCCCGCUGGUGCACACGUACACACACACACACAUACAUGCACAUACAUGCACAUUACAUGUGUCUCGACAUCUUAUUUGAGGCUUCCAAGAAAAAGUCAGAGAUAGAGAGAGAGGGAGAGAGAGAGGAGAGGAAAAAAAAUAACAGCCAAGAAUAAUCAUUAUCUCUUUGCUGCUGUUGCACAAGGUUUACAAGGGGAUCAGAUAAGGCUGUGGGUGGGUGGAUGGGCAGAGAGGUGUACCAUAUCUCUUCUCUGGUCAUCAUGCCAGCAUCCAGGUCUGGAGCAAACUGCAGUUAUUGGAUCGAUGGAUCCCACAGAGACAUCACCUAUGAAGACUACUACACAGUGGGGCAGGAAUUGGGAAGGGGGGCCACAUCUGUUGUGUACAGAUGUCAGGAAAAGCAAACCCAGAAACCCUACGCUGCCAAAAUCCUCCAGAAAACGAUCGAUAAGAAGAUCGUGAGGACGGAAAUUGGAGUUUUGCUGCGGCUUUCUCACCCUAAUAUUAUUAAGCUAAAGGAGAUCUUCGAGACCCCGGCGGUGAUCAUACUGGUUCUGGAGCUGGUGACGGGUGGGGAACUGUUUGACAGGAUUGUAGAGAAGGGAUAUUACAGUGAGAGGGAUGCAGCUCAUGCUGUCAAUCAGAUCCUGGAAGCUGUGGAGUAUUUGCACGAGAAUGGAGUGGUGCAUCGCGACCUGAAGCCAGAAAAUCUCCUCUAUGCCGAUCUGUCUCCUAACGCGGCCUUGAAAAUAGCUGAUUUUGGUCUGUCCAAGAUUGUGAAUGAGCAGGUCACCAUGAAGACGGUGUGCGGCACCCCAGGAUAUUGCGCACCCGAGAUCCUGCGAGGCUGUGCGUACGGGCCAGGGGUGGAUAUGUGGUCUGUGGGGGUCAUAACCUACAUCCUACUUUGUGGGUUUGAGCCCUUCUUCGACGCGAGGGGUGACCAAUAUAUGUACAGUCGAAUCCUGAACUGUGACUAUGAGUUUGUCUCCCCCUGGUGGGACGAUGUGUCCGUAAACGCAAAGGAUCUGGUUCGGAAGCUGAUCGUACAGGAUCCCCAGCAGAGGCUCAGCGUGCAUCAGGCUCUACAGCAUCCCUGGGUGACGGGCAAAACAGCCAACCUCGCUCACAUGGACAACGCACAGAAACAGCUGCAGGAGUUCAAUGCCCGACGCAAGCUCAAAGCCGCCGUGAAAGCUGUCGUGGCCUCGAGCCGACUUGGAAAUGCCGGUCACCACGAGAGAGCCAAGAGCAGCAACUCCUGUUCCAUUCAAGAGCAAGUUGCCAAGAAGGAGAGCGGCCAAAUGUCCUAG